AUGUGGCAAGAGCUUGCCGUAGAAGCAUUCACUUCAACAUCAGCCAAUUGCCAAAACUCACUCUUCAACGCCAAGCUCUGCAAUCUCUUCUUCUCGACAUCAAACGUCAACACCCUUCCUCGACACAAUAUCCAUCGACAAACACCAGGCGCUUCUGACUUCAACUCACAUAACACAGUCCAACACACUCACAACUCGUCAGACACUCCAUUGCGCAUGGCCAACAACGCGACCGAGUGCGCAGCUUCAGUGACUAUGAUCUCGAGUGACGACGGUGCCGCUUCCGAGCCCGCAGCUGCGCAACAGCGUGAGGUGACUUCAGAGUGCCAGCUUGGUAGCGAAUCCAAAGAGAUCGCAGCCGGAUCUUCAAAGAAGCCAGUCGCGAUUGACGCACCUCAAGACACGUCUGACGAAACCUGUUCUGGAGACGGUCCGCAAACUGCAUCUGUUGUCGGAUUGGCUGAGAAGAAUGGGAAGAAGAGAGCUGGGGAGGAGCAUGACGAGGAGAAGCAGUCCAAGAGGGCGAAGACUGGCGAGGAGAAUGGGUCUGCUCCGGGCGGUGAGAAAGCUGGAGAGACAAAGAAAGAGGAGACUUUCGAAGAUCUCAGAGCUAGAUUCAACUCUAAGCUCCGGAGGCACAAGGACAAGAUCAAUGAGCUGGAGGAGGAACUCCAUGGGGCGAGGAACAAGUUGGAGGAAGUUGAAGAGGAUCGUGACCAGUGGCGUAGUGAUUGCCUCGACAUGAGGAAGAAAGAAGAAACCCGCAUUGCCAACAAGAAGGAAAAGGGAAAAAAUGAAGAAGCCCACAGAAAAGCUGUACGAAUCGAGGACAAGAAAGCUAUCAGGGCAGAUGUUGAGAGAGACGUGGGGGAAAGGUUCGAGAAGGCUGAAAAGAAACUCAAAGGGCAGCUGAACACCAAGGCCAAGAAUUUAGGCGACGAUAUCGAACGCAAGCGGGAGAAGAUCGAAUCUCUCGCGAAUGAGCUUCGGGAGCUGAAGGCAGAUCACAGAGACGAGAUCCGCAUUCUCAAAGACAAGCUCAAAGAAGCUCAAAAGGAAGGAGGACCGAAAGCCAUGGAGAAGGUGAGGCAGAAAGACGUAGAAUUGAAGGAGAAAGACAAGGAGGUUGAAGAGUGGAAGCGUCGCGGGAUGGAAUUGAACAACUCCAUCACUCGUCUGAACUCUGAGGUCAAUGCGGCCAAGACCGGAGAGCGGCAGUCUCAGGAGGCACUCGACAACACAUUCCGUGAGAAUCAGACCCUUCAGCAAACCCUCGCCAAGUCCAAGAGAGACCUUGCGAGCUGGAAAGCAAAUGCCAUGCACGCCAACAACAACGGCGAAAUCCGCGAGAAGCAAUUGACGGCCAAGUUCAAGCAGACCGAGGAAAACUAUCGCCGGGAAGUCGACUCUCUCCAGCAGAGAGCUAAGGCUUGUGACACUUUUCAGCAGGCUAACAGGGACCUCAAUCGCCAAAACGAGCGCAACAACGAACUGCGCAUCAGCAAUGCCCAGAAACUCGAACUGCGCAUCAGCAAUGCCCAGAAACUCGCAGACACCCAAAACCAGUUGCAACUCGCUGUCAUCGAGAAGGACAGAGCCCAGGCAUCGGAGGAAACCCUGAAGGUAGAGCUGCAGAAGCUUACAGACGAGAACAAGAGCCUGCGCAAGGUCUUCGCUCGAGCCCAAAUCUCGCCUCCUGCUGCUGUCCUCACUUCGAAUCCUCCCAACUCGGUUCCCGCCAGUCCAUCCAAGGACCACAACGCUGGUCUCAGAACUCCAACGACACUGGACGACACUCGUCCCGCGGAGGAGUUUGUUGAAGCAGCACAAGACGGCAGUUCUGCUUCAAAGUCCAAUGCCGCCUGGGCUUUUCCGACCGGAAUUUGA